AUGGGGACCACUUCAAUACCUACAUUCUUAACGGAGAAGGGAGGACAGUUCGGAAGGCAGAGUGGAGCUAGCCCAGCGCUACCUCCAGGCACUCCCUUCGGAAACGCCCCCGCUACCCAAACAACCGCCGAAGCCGAGCUGGCAGCCCAAAUCGCAACCUUACGGAAGGACAUGGCGAGGCUUCAGGAACACAACAACUUUCUUUCGUCCAAAAUGGACGAAACCCAGCAGCUGCUCCACCAGCAGCACACGCAGAACAUCCAGAUAACUCACUCUUCCGAAAGCCUGCAGACCCCUCAUGGGAGGAAGAAACGCGAUAAGGCAGCGACGGCAACGCCCGCUCCUUCCAAACAAUUGGUGGUCCCGGCACCCCGGGAUCAGCCACAUGUCCCGAAGAAGGUCUACACCGAUUGUCGACAUCGGAUCAAUGAUCGGGAGGUAGAGAGACAGAGGUCUUCAUUCAGGAUGAGCGCCCGACUAAGGGAUUCAUGGAUGAGGGUCCUGGGGGACAAGUCGCCCAUUCGGAAAGUGAGGGGGUUGGGCCCCGAAGAGGAGUCGGAAUCCGAGUACAUCCCGUCCGGGACGCAAACUUCCACCUACCGUUCGGCAACACAUUCGCGGAACUCGGAGGUUAACCCACUCAACCCACAGAGGCGAACAGAAGACUUCGGUUCCGAGGAAAUCCCUAGCCGAGACCCCGCUUCCGCCAUAGGAUGCAAAGGCUUGAGCGAUGAAGGGCAGUGCCUGCUAUUCCCGUCCUCCCUUACCGGGGCAGCCCUGAACUGGUUCUACCGGUUGGAGCCAGAAACGGUAGACUCCUUCGACGAAUUGAAGCAGAUCUUCCUCAACCACUUCAUGAUUCAAACGGACCGUCUUUACUCUGCCGAUGAUCUGUACACGAUUCGGCAAGGAGAGGACGAACCGUUGAGAGAAUACGCGGCGCGCUUCAGUCACGAGUACUCAAGGUGUCCGGAAAUAGACGACAGGGCAGCCUACGACGCCUUUAAGAGUGGCCUUCGGUCCUCGCAUUUUCGAUACCUAGUACACAGCAGCAACUGGCGCACGUAUGACGAACUGAUGAAGCAAGCGGCAAUCCACGCGAAGGCCAAAUACUUCAACUCGAAGCCCACGGCUUCGGCACCACGAGGAAACGCCGAAUCAAGUGCUUAUCCGGCAAAGGAGACAUCCUACGGGAGAACCGACACAUACUCGGCAGGUCAUAAGAGAAAGGACGACCGCGCCGAUCGAAGAGAACCCUCGAAGAAAGGGAAAGGGCGGUACGGUCGCAACGACCACCGAGCGCCCCUGCCGAAUCAUGACCAAGCCAAUGAAGUCUUCACCCUGUUGAACACUACCUACGAGGCCGUCCUGAUGAACGAACAGGGAAUAAUACCGAAGCCGAAUGCCCGAAGACCCAAUCGGCAAGACAACCGAGAUACCGGUAAAUUCUGCCGAUACCACCAGCACAACAGCCAUAAUACAGAAGACUGUAUAAGCCUGAGAAAAAUUGUUAAGCGAUUGAUCAGGGAGGGGAAGCUGGAUCAGUACAUCACCCGGCAGCCAACGGCGCCGGUGCCGAAUUCGGUUCGGCAGAUAAACAUGAUAAGCACUAUUAGCGGUGGCCCCACCAUCGCAGGAAUGAGCAACCGGUCAAUGAAGCAAUAUGUGCGGGCCGCGCAGUUUCCUCAGGUGUUCGGCAUAGAGCUUAAUCGGCACCAGGAAAUCCCGAAAGUUCGUUAG